CGCAGUAGAAGCAAAUGUUUCAAUUUUACUAUAUUUAUCAAUUGCUAUUAUUCACUCUUACUCAUUGUGACUGCAUAGGCACGCGGGUAUAAAAGAAACCCAAGUUUAUUGUGAACGACGGCUUCAACGGAGGUGGUACGCGGAGGUUUGUAAUACGGAAAGUCAUGGCUACUUAUCUAUUAAUAAUUCUUAUUACUCUGGGAUUAUCAACGUCAUGGACCGAAUCAAAGAAGUGCGAUCAUAAAUGUGAAAAGGUCGAGCUUAGUGUUGGAAUACCAAAAGGACACAGUCAGAAACAGAUAUUUAAAAAAAUUGGAUCAAAGUAUUAUUCCAUAAUUGAUGACCCAAAGACUUGGUACACCGCUGUUCAUAGGUGCCACGCAAAAGGUGGUCAAUUGAUAAGUCUGACUGAUAGUGUGACUCUGGCCGAAAUAAGAAAAGCAAGCAAAAAUAUCAAUUUCUGGAUAGAUCUCAAUGAUUUUGGCGAGCACGGCAAGUUCGUUUCCAUAUCGAGUGGCGAGGAAGCCAGUUUCUUAGAUUGGUGUCAACAUGAAACAAGUGCAAACGUAACAUCUGGAAACUGCGUGAAUAUUGACAAUAUUAAUUUCCCAAACCCCUGUUUAAAACUAGCUUCCUGCCUUGAUUUUAAUAGUUACAUUUGUGAAUCUCAAAUUCCGAGAAGUAUAUCUAUAUAUAUCGAGUGAUAUAAUUGUUUUUUUUUUUUUCUUAACUUAAAAAUUAAUUUGUAAUCGUUAAUGAUUAACAGUAACCGCCCAAAAGUAUGUAAUAAUUUUUUAUAGAAUCGAAUGCCUAAGCUAAUACAACUAAACAUAUAAUACACAUAUUAUACAUUAAACACUGUUCCCAGAUGAGUAAAAUUUUGAAGUGCGGAAAAGUAAUAUAUUUCACAAGUUCCACAAAUUUUAGAGUGAUCAAUUUGGUAACCCUAUGACACUAAAUUUGGCACGGAUAUACAAAAAAAAAUGAAAAUUUAUGGGCACUUCACUUAUUUUUCUAUUAAACAAAUGCAAUUAUUAAAAAAAA